AUGCCCUCACCAAAGAAAGAUGAUCAUGGCGAUUUGGCUGAAGAAAUUUCUAAAACCAGAAAACCCAGAUGGAGCAUAAGAGAAAGCUUGAUUGUAAUUGAAGGUACAUACAUGGCGGAAAGCUUGAUAUUGACGAACAUGUCAACGUUUAAAUCAAAAUGGGAAUCUGUUUCUUCUUUCUGCAAUGAACAGGGCGUGAAUAGAGGACCAGAUCAUUGUAGAAAAAGAUGGGGAAGUUUGCUUGUUGAUUUUAAGAAGAUUAAGAAAUGGGAAUUGUUCGUAACAGAGUGCAAUAAUGAUGCUAAUGAAUCGUUUUGGACGUUGACGAAUAGUGAAAGAAAGGAUAAGUUACUUCCAUCUCAUUUUGAUAAAGAAAUUUAUGAUCUUUUGGAAAGAAAUUUGUGUGUGAAACCGAUUAAUCAGGUUAUGAUGAUGCCUAGUAAUGAUCAUGAUCAUGAUCAUGAUCAUGAUCAUGUUCAUGUUCAUCAGAUGGGUGAAGAUGCAGGUAUGGGGAAGAAGAAUGAAGGAAAAAGGAAGAAGGAAGAUGAUGAAGAAGAAGAUGAAGAGGCAUGUAAACAAAGGAAGAGAAAUAAAGAAUCCAUGGAAGAAAUGAAACAUGAUAUGAUUUCUGCAAUAAACAAGAUGGGUGAUGCAUUUGGAAGAAUUGUUGAUAAAUUGGAGGGGCGUUCUUAUCUUUGA